GAGCGAUGGAGCGACGUGACCAAAAUGUAUGUUCAAAUCUCUCAAUUCCAUUUUUGUAGGGAGUUUAGUUUAUAAAUCGUCAACGAAAAUCUGUUUUGAUGAUGUAACAUGCAAGCUCUCUAAUUCCUGGUUUCUGUGUUUGAGGUAUGAGCACGCAAAGAGGAAAUAUCGAUUUUUCACUCCUGUAGAAUUGAUUUCCAACACUUAUGCUCCAACUGCAAGUAUGAUUGGAUUGCUUGAUGUUCCACCGGUGAAGAAGAGACAUAAAUCGAAAUCAGAUGUGGUCGAUGAAUAUGGAAAGUUACAGCAUCCACCUCAAUCUGUAUCACAAACCAAGCAUGAUUCCUCAGCAUCAAAAAAAUCAAAAAAAUAUGAGCCUGGUGUCAUUCCAAUUAUUGACUUGCUCACUGGUGAAUAUGAAAGACAACAGUAUGAUCGCAAGCAAUUAAUGAAAAUACAACAGAAAAAGAAAAUAUCCAAGCAACAGUCAGAUGCAUCUUUCAAAGCAAGAGAAAAAGAGAUGAGGGGACUCAGAGAAUUAGAGGCUGAUUUACCUAUGGAUGUAGAUUUGCAACGUUACAUCCUCUGUGCUCAAGUAGACAAGGAACAAAGUAAACCGGUGAAUAAUGAAGAUCUUGAGAAAAUCCAAUAUUACACAAAUGAGUCAACCACUGUAUCUCGAGAUUUUUAUCUAAGAGUUGUAAUACUGAUGACAAUGUGUAACUUCCAGUGUUUGGGAGAUGAUUUCAUCGAGCCAUACCCAAAAGCCUUACUAGAGAAUGCCCUGCUUAAAGUAUCAAGAAGCCUUUUUAAAAAGUUCCACACAGAAAUCAUGAAUAUGGAAACACAAAUUAGAUCGGAUUACUAUUUCGUGAUGCGAAAAUUCAUUUUGGAUAACAUCCUUCUGGAUCCAAAAGAGUGGGAACGGCUGGGGAUCAAAACUUAUCCGAUUGGCUUCCCAAGUUUAGUGAUUCGUGGACCAGUUCCUUGGCAUCAGAACACUGUGACGGCAAAACAUCUCAAUUUCCAUAACCUCUUCAUCGGAAUGCCUGUUUUGAGAGCAUUAAGAGAUUUAUGGGACAGUGAAUUCAAACAUCUCUUGAUCAUAUCAAUUUCAAAAUUGAAGCAGGUAGGAUUCCCAAUGCUUCCAGAAACUCUAGAUGCAAUUACUGACGAAAUGUGUCAAGAAAUACGAACACUAUUAAUAGAAAUGUGGUUACCCAAAGUAGCAGAUAUUUUUCUAUAUUUACGUGAUAGCUGGGCACCUAUGGUACCACGUUCGAGUGAAGACUCUCUGAAGCAAGUUGAGAAGUUUUUCUCAUGUGCAUGCUCCAUUAUGUCACGUCAACUGCGAGCACUUGUCAUGAAUUCCCUUUACCACAUGUUGGACUUCUUACUUCUCUAUCAGAAAGGAAAUGAAAUUCAGGAAAAUCACUAUGAAGACAUGAUGUUUACCUUGAAUCCAAUGUUAAUUGUUAAAGCAGUACCAGCGGUUGGUUCCACCCCUGAGAUUCUGUUUGAGCCAUCACUACUGGACUUAAAAGGGCUUGUGCAAAACCUGUUCUACAAAAUAAUUCGAGUUAAUGAUUUAUUUCCUCGUGUUGAACAAAUUAUGUUUCCAGAAAUGAAAGAAAAGGCUCUUUUUUUACACUCAGUGCAAAUUGAAGAAGAAGAAGUUCAAAAUAUUCUAAAGGUAGCUUUGCAUAGCUUCGAUAUGAAUACACUGGGUCCAACAGUCUAUUUAGAGUGUUACAGGCCAUAUUUUUAUAUUUUUUCGGGAGAAGCCACAUCCUCUUUAGAAGACUUUUUCAAAGUUGAACCAUUCCCAUCUCUAAGAGAUUUUGCAAGUCGCAUCGAGAGCUAUGACUCACUUAAAGAUGAAGUUUAUGAUCUGCGACAAAACAUCCCCCUGAAUUUAAUUGACUUGGAUUGCACCAAAGUGAAUGAUACGCUGUGGAAAAUGAUAAGUCAGCUACAUGCGACAAUUACAGAUUAUUUUGCGAAUGUCUGCCGCAAUCACAACAGAGAAAUUGCUCUGAAAUUUGAAGGAAUAAUCUCAAGAGUUGGUGAUGUACCUGAGACUACAGCACAACUUGUAGAAUUGACCAACUUUAUCAUUGAGAGUCGUGAUGUCACCAUGUUUGACCUGAAAACACAGCUCCAAUAUAGUGCAAAGUUGAUUUUAUUCUUGAUGACCUAUGCACAUUUGCCUGAUGAAGACAUAUAUUUGAAUAGUCGUGUCUUUACAUGGCCCAAAGAUCUAGAACAGAUAUUGGAACUUUCAAUGGUUCGCGUGUCUCAACGGCGAGAUGUUGUGGAAGGAAUUCUUAAAAAUAAGCGAGCUGAGUUUGAUUUGUUGCUGAAAGAACAUCAUAAAGAAUUAGAAUAUCUGCGCAAAAAGGACCCACCUUUGUUAACAAUGGAGGAAAUGGUUGAUACGACAACUACAAUUGAAGCUUUUGUUAAUAUUUUGGCAGAAGAUAAAAUAACAGCUGACUCUAUAAAUAUGGAAGAAAAACUUCUAGAAUUUGAAGUAACACCAUUUCUAGAGUUGCAGAAUAUGCUCACUGCUGUGGAACCAUAUAAUCAACUGUGGCAUACCAUCCUAGAAUUUCAUAAAAAGUAUGAGAUAUGGUAUAAUGGUCCAUUUGCUAAUUUGAACGCUGAAGAAAUCAAAGAAACUGUUGACAGUAUGUGGUCAAUUUUGUAUAAGCUGUCAAAGACUUUUUAUGAUGUGCCUGGAUCAAAACGAAUCGCAGAAAUAGUUCGUGCAAAAGUUGAAAAAUUUAAGCAACUUAUUCCUGUCCUUCAAACAGUUUGUAAUCCUGGCUUAAGGGACAGACACUGGGAACAGAUAAGUGAAGUUGCUGGAUUCUCAAUUUGUCCUAGACCAGAGUCAACUUUAGCAGAAAUGAUAGACUUUGGGCUAAUAAAAUUUACAGGAAGAUUAGAAGAAAUCAGUGUCUCUGCAACUAAAGAAUACGACCUGGAAACCAAUCUUCUGAAAAUGCAAGGAGAGUGGACUGACAUAAAAUUCACUUGUAUACCUCACAGGUUUUUUUUUCUGUCCGACAAUGAGUUGCUGGAAAUAUUAUCGGAAACCAAAGAUCCAUUACGAGUUGAGCCGCACUUGAAGAAGCUAUUUGAAGGUAUUGAUAAGCUUGAUUUUCAAAAAGAUGGCACCAUCACAGGCAUGAUUUCAGCCGAAAACGAAAAUGUCCCUCUGAGUGGAAUUAUCGUGCCAGCUGAUGCCAAGGAACUAGUCGAAAAGUGGUUAACUCAAGUAGAGGAGCUAAUGGUUCAGUCCUUGUGCGACCUCAUCAAUGUUUCAGUUCACACUGUCACAAGCCGACCCUGGAAAGAGUGGGUUAUGGAUGGUCCUGGUAUGGCUAUACUUUGUGCUGCAAGUGUAAACUGGACGAAAGAAGUUGAGCAAGCCUUCAUAGAAUCCACCCUAGAGAAGUGUCUUGACAGGAGCAAUCAGCGAAUUGAUGAGCUCAUUAAUUUAGUGAAUGGGAAGUUAACAGCUGGACACCGCAUUACUCUUGGCUCUUUAAUCAACACAGAAGUCCAUGCCAGAGAUAUCUUGGAAGUACUAAUUUCAAAGAAGAUUAAUCGGAGUGAAGACUUCUUUUGGCUCCGUCAGUUACGAUAUUAUAGUAUUGAUGACAGAAUAUCGGUCUCAAUGGUUGACACGACCAUCAAUUUUGGAUAUGAAUACUUGGGAAACACUCCAAUUUUAGUCAUCACACCGUUAACGGAUCGUUGCUACAGAAUAAUGAUGGCUGCUCUUCAAUUGAAUCUAGGAGGUCUCCUUGAAGGCCCAGCGGCUUCAGGAAAAACAGAAACUGUGAAAGCAUUAGCCAAGACUGUAGCUAAACAGUGUAUUAUUUUCAACUGCACCGAAAAUCUGGGCUAUCGAGUUAUUGGAAAAUUUUUCAAGGGAAUCGCACAAGCAGGAGCUUGGUCGUGCUUUGAUGAAUUGAACAGAAUUCAACUGCAAGUACUCUCAGUAAUUGCUCAGCAAGUUCAAAACAUUCAUGCUGCUAUCAUUAGCAAAACCGAGCGGUUUAUUUUUGAAGGAAUUGAAAUUACAAUCAAUCCAUCAUGUGCUAUUUUUAUUACAUUGAAUCCUGGGACCAUCGGGUGUCAUCCUUUACCAGAUAAUUUAAAAGCUCGCUUUAGACCUGUAGCCCUACUGGUGCCGGAUUUUACGAUGAUUUGUGUCGUAUCCCUCUUUGCUGCUGGAUUCCGCUCUGCCAAAAGGUUGGCGGAAAAGCUUGUAACCACAUGUGACCUUUGCUCAGCACUUCUCUCAUCACAGUUUUUUUAUGAUUUUGGCAUGCGGACCAUCAAAACAAUUCUAAAUUUAGCCAGUGAGCUGAAACUCAGAUUUCCCUCAAAUGAUGAAAGUUCCAUUGUUUUGCAAGCAAUUGUCAAUGUGAACCAUCCAAAAAUGUUGUCACAGGAUAUUCAAUUAGCUUUGAAUAUUUACCGAGACUUGUUUCCAGACGCAGUUCCGAUACCGGAUGACUCAACAAAACUUGUUGAUGCUUUGAAAAACAGUUUAAAAAAACACAACCUUCAAGCAACAGAAUUUGUUGUUUCAAAAUUGUUACAGUUGUAUGAAGUAAUAGUUCAGCGGCACAGUAUUAUCUUAGUUGGAGAACCAUUCAGUGGGAAAACUUGCAGUUAUCAGGUUCUUGCAGAGUCCAUUGGUUACAUCAAAGACACUACCAGUGAGAAAAUGAAAGAAACAAAAAUUCCUUACAAAAUAAUCAAUCCGAAAGCUGUGACAAUGGGUCAGCUGUUUGGCCAGUUUGAUGCAGAGUCGCAUGAGUGGUCUGAUGGAAUUAUAGCAAACGCCUUGCGAGAAUUUACCUCAGGUCCCAGUCUUGACAAAAAGUGGUUGGUCUUUGAUGGCCCAAUUGAUCCAAUUUGGAUUGAAAAUUUGAAUUCAGUCAUGGAUGAAAAUAAAAAGUUUUGCUUAAUGUCCGGAGAAAUUAUCAAAGUUUCAAACAAAAUUUCCCUGAUUUUUGAAACAAAUGAUCUAGAGCAUGCCUCCCCGUCAUCAAUAUCUCGCUGUGGAGUUGUAUACUUUGAUCCUAAGAAUUUAGGAUGGAAAACCUUGAUGAAAUCCUUUAUCUGCACGCUAACAGAAAAAUUGACAUCGGAUCAACUUGAUUCCCUGUCGGAUUUGCUAGAAUGGCUCAUCUCUCCAAUCUUGAAUUUUGUCCUAAAUUCUUGCACUUUCUUUAUUGGAUCCUCAGAAAUGCAUUUAUUUUCCAAUUUUUCCAGACUCUUUUUAUGCUUAAUCCAAGAGGAGAAUAUCCAAAAGUCUAGCAUUCAAUGGGUUCAAUGCACACUGCUGUUCGCAAUUUUUUGGGGAUUUGGAUCUUUUCUAACAGGUGAUGGUAAAACUCUUUUUAACCGAUAUAUAAGACAGCUUUGCAGUGGUGAAAUAGAGGAGCAUCCGAGACCUGUCAAAUUCAAACUAACUAAAAAUCAGAUGUUUCCUGAAAAAAUCUCCGUGUUUGAUGCAGUGUACGACAAGAAGAACAAUGGGCAGUGGAUUCCAUGGCUUGAAAUAGCAGACAAAGCUCCUCUCUCUCCCAAUGCCAAGGCAAACUCUCUCAUAAUUCCUACUGAAGAACUGACAAAGCAGAGAUUCUUUCUACGACUCCUUCUGAAUUCAAGAAUUCCAGUUUUAUUCAUAGGUCCAUCAGGUACAGGAAAGUCUCUAACUGUCCUGGAUCAUCUGGCAAAUGCUCCUAAAAACAAAUUCAUUUCAAACUCAAUUAAUUUUUCAGGCUGCACAUCUGCAAAUCAAACACAAGAUAUAAUCAUGUCGAAGCUGGAUAGGCGUAGGAAAGGUGUCUUUGGACCACAAAUGGGGAAACAAUAUAUUCUUUUCAUUGAUGAUUUGAGCAUUUCAUCUAAAGAUUCAUUUGGAACUCAACCUCCAAUAGAACUUCUUCGCCAGUGGGUCGACCAUAAGCAUUGGUAUGAUUUGAAUGACAAAACCCGGAUUGACCUCGUUGAUAUUCUAUUUGUCGGUGUCUCUUUACCACCUGGAGGUGGUUCUCAUAAUGUCUGUUUUCGGUUUCUCAGACACAUGCUACCCAUAGGCUCUGAUCUUUUUGAAGACAAAAUGAUUCUUGGAAUUUUCACAAAGAUUUUAGACUGGCAUCUAGCCAAAGGCUUCAAUGAAAAUAUCUGUCGACUUAGUCAAGCAGUGAUAAAAGCCACCUUACAUAUUUACAAAAUGGUCACUUGCAAGUUUUUGCCAAGUCCCACUCAGUGCCAGUAUAGGUUCAAUUUACGAGAUUGUUCCAGGGUUGUCAAUGGAAUUUUGCAACUACCUUCCACACGAUGCCCAGAGUCGGAGAAUUUACUACGUUUGUGGGUGCAUGAAACUACGCGUGUUUUCUCAGACCGUUUACUUCAGGGGAAGGAACAAAAAGAAUUUUUUAAUGCUCUAAAAGAAUCCUCAUUGACGAAUUUAAAGUGCAAUUUAAACGAGCUUCUUGCAGAUGAAAAAACCUCCAACUGCGAUGAACUGAAAUUUGAACACCUCAGUACUUUAAUUUUUGGUAGUUUUAUGGAGCCAAGCUCUGAAAGGAAAGUGUAUGAUGAGAUCAAAGACAUGGAUGCUUUAAAAGAAAAAAUGGAGUUCUACCUCAAGGAAUACAACAGUUUAUGCAAAAAGCCCAUGUCAAUGGUAAUGUUCUGGUUUGCAAUAGAACACAUAUCAAGAGUUGUUCGUAUUCUAGAACAAGACAAUGGUAAUGUACUGCUAAUCGGAAUCGGUGGCAGUGGACGGCAGAGCAUAGUGAAACUGGCUGCCCACAUUGCUGACUACUCUGUUUUUCAGAUUAAUAUCAUAAAAAGUUAUAGCAUGGAAAAUUGGCGAGAGGACUUGAAAACACUUCUCUGUAAAGCUGGUUGUGAUGGCAAAGCGCAAACUUUUUUGAUAGUCGAUGGGCAGAUUGUAGAUGAUUUGAUUCUUGAAGACAUCAACACUAUUUUACACACUGGCGACAUUCCCAACUUAUUUGCUUCGGAUGAAAAAACGGACAUUGUUGACAAGAUGGUGAUUGUCUCGAGAGAUUUGGGAAGCAAGAUAGACACAACUCCUCUUGCUUUGUACAAUUUCUUCCUUGAGCGUGUCAAGAGUAAUGUUCGUUUUGCUUUUGCCAUGUCACCAAUUGGCAAGGUUUUCAGGCACAGAAUACGCUCGUUUCCAUUCUUAAUUAACCUGUGCACAAUUGAUGGUUUUUGUGCGUGGCCAGAAGAUGCUCUUGAAAAAGUAGCUCAAAAGUUGCUGUCAGAUUCUCAGCUGUCAGAACAACAACAUGGUCAGUGCGCUCUCAUCAGCAAGGAAUUCCAUUUGUCUGUUGUUGAUGCAGCCAAGAGGUUUCAUGAUCUAACAAAGAGACCAAUAUACAUCACACCAACUUCUUAUUUGGAGCUUAUCAAGACAUUUCGUUCUCUCCAUGGUAUGAAAGUGGACGAAAUCACUACUUUGCGCACAAGAUACGAGAUUGGAUUGGAAAAGCUAGAUUUUGCAGCUAGCCAGGUUAUCAUCAUGCAAAAUGAGCUUCAUGUUCUACAACCGCAACUGAAGCUUACAUCUGAGCAGACAGAAAAACUAAUGGUGAAAAUUGAACAAGAUACUGUCAACGUAGAAGCCUCAAAGGAAAUUGUGGCUGCUGAUGAGGCACUAGCGAAUGAAGCAGCAGCUGCCUCACAGGCUAUCAAAGAUGACUGUGAAAGUGAUCUUGCCGAAGCAACACCUGCUCUAGAAUCUGCCAUCGCUGCACUGAACACUUUGAAGCCAGCUGAUAUCACAGUUGUCAAGUCAAUGAAGAACCCCCCUGCAACUGUUAAACUGGUGAUGGAAGCAGUGUGUGUCAUGAAAGGAAUCAAAUCUGAACGUAGGCCUGAUGCUAGUGGUUCUGGAGCUAUGAUUGAAGAUUACUGGGGACCAUCUCUGAAACUCCUGGGUGAUCUUAAAUUUCUCGACAGUUUGAAAACUUAUGAUAAAGAUAAUAUCAAUCCGAGUGUAAUGAAGCUUAUUCGAGAAAAGUACGUGUCAAAUCGUUAUUUUGAUCCUGCUGUCGUAAAAAGCGUCUCAAAUGCAUGUGAGGGGCUUUGUAAAUGGAUCCGAGCUAUGGAAGUUUAUGAUAGAGUUAUAAAAAUUGUUGGCCCAAAAAAAGCAAAGCUAGCGGAGGCAGAAGCGGAUUAUGCCCUUCAAAUGGAGAAAUUAAAUGAGAAACGUGCUCAACUUCAAAAAGUGACGGGGAAAUUACAAGCUCUCAGAGAUGAACUAGCAGAAAAAACUAGAGAGAAAAAAGAAUUGGAGGAUUCAAUUGAGCUGUGCUCGCAAAAACUUGAUCGUGCUGAAAAAUUGAUAGGUGGUCUUGGAGGAGAAAAAACUCGUUGGAGUGAAACAGCACGGCAGUUACAAGUGUCUCUGAACAACUCUGCAGGAGAUGUGUUGCUUGCAGCAGGAAUUGUGGCUUAUCUCGGAGCUUUUUCUAUCCAGUUCAGGAAUGAACUUGUCGACAAGUGGAACCAGUGUGUAAUUGAGACAGGUCUAGCCUGCGCUGGUGAGUUUUCACUCAUAAACACGUUAGGGAACCCUGUUUUAAUCCGUUCAUGGAAUAUACAUGGUCUUCCUAUCGACAAUUUCUCUAUUGAAAACGGCAUUAUUGUCUCCAAUGCCUGUAGAUGGCCACUUAUGAUUGAUCCUCAAGGUCAGGCAAAUAAAUGGAUCAAAAACAUGGAGCAAAAUAAUAAUUUGGUAGUCAUCAAAUUAACAGACAAAAACUAUCUUCAAGUUUUGGAGGAAGCCAUUGGACAAGGCACCCCUGUUCUUCUUGAAAAUGUUCUUGAGGACAUUGAUGCAGCCAUAGAUCCAAUUUUAUUGAAGGACACAAUCAAUCAAGGUGAUCAAAAGUAUAUCAAACUGGGCGAAAAUCAAAUCCCAUAUCACACAAAUUUCAGAUUUUACAUCACGACCUGUCUACGGAAUCCUCAUUAUUUGCCAGAGAUUGCUGUUAAGGUGACUUUGCUUAACUUCAUGAUAACAACCCAAGGUCUCCAAGAUCAACUGUUGAGUGUGGUGGUAUCAAUGGAACGGCCGGAACUCGAAGAGAAGAAGAACGAACUAAUCAUUGAAGGAGCCAACAACAAACGAAUGCUUAAGGAGAUCGAAGACAAAAUACUUGGUGUUUUAUCUGCUUCUCAAGGCAACAUCCUAGAGGAUGAAACGGCCAUUAAGAUUUUAUCCUCCUCGAAGGUUCUUUCAGCAGAAAUACAAGCAAAGCAAGGUGCAUCAACGCAGUCUGAAAUGGCCAUAGACUCAGCGCGAAAUCUUUUUCUACCAAUUGCUGAGUAUUCGUCUGUUUUGUUCUUCAGUAUAAUUGAAUUGGCUAAUGUUGAUCCAAUGUACCAAUUCUCACUUUUGUGGUUUUUGAAUCUUUACAACCAGUCAAUCCUUAAAAGUGAACAUUCUGAUAAGUUAGAGGAAAGAUUGGUCACCUUGAAGUAUCAUCUAACAAAAAGUGUCUUCCAUAAUGUUUGUCGGUCAAUAUUUGAGCGCGAUAAGUUGGUAUUUGCUUUCAGUUUAGUUUUAGGUAUCCUCCGAUCUAAUGGGAAGGUUAAUGAAGAACUGUUGAAAUUUGUUUUAAUGGGAGGAGUAGCCUCCCAAAUACAAACAGUGAAUCCAGUCAGCUCUUGGCUUUCUCACAAAGCCUGGUCAGAUGUUUUAUCAGCUUCAGAACUUCCAGGGAUGCAAGAAUUAAAGUUCACAAUUGAAAGUCGUCCUGAAGACUGGAAAGCAUUUUAUGACUCUUCUGAGUCUGAGAAGAGCAGUAUUCCAGUUCCUUUUCAAAAUAUUCAAGAAAUCGGCCUUCUUGUUAUCCUAAGGUGCUUAAGACCAGACAGAAUAGUUGCAGCUGUCGAAAUGCUUAUAGCCAAAGAAUUAGGGGAGGAGUUUGUCCAGUCAAGAGUGUACACGUUAUCCGACUCCUACAAAGAUUCAAACUGUUGCUCUCCUAUGAUUUUUAUUCUCUCUCGUGGUUUUGAUCCCAUGGAACAAAUUUUGAAGUUUGCUGGUGAGAAUGGCAUCCAAGAAUCAAGUUUGCUCACAAUUUCUCUCGGCCAAGGCCAGAAUCCAAUUGCCAUCAACAUGAUCACAACGGGUGUGCAAUCCGGCCAAUGGGUCAUUUUGAAAAACUGUCACCUAGCACCAAAUCUGAUGAGAGAGCUGGACAGGAUAUGUAGUGAAGUAAUCAGCCUGGAAAAAACCAACCCCAAGUUUCGUCUGUGGUUGACCAGCUAUCCAUCUGAUGUAUUUCCAAUAUCAGUGCUACAAAAUGGUAUCAAAAUUGUCGCAGAGAUUCCAAAGAAUCUUCAGAGUAAUCUCUUACGAUCUUUGUCAAUGGAUCCUAUCUGCAGCGAAUCCUUUUUUCCGCUGACAGAAAAGAAUGAUGAGUGGUUCAGAAUGCAAUUCAACAUUUGCUUCUUCCAUGCUGUUGCCCAAGAGCGGUGCAAGUUUGGGCGGCUUGGCUGGAUUGUGCCUUAUGAAUUCAAUGACAGUGACUUAAUUGUUGGGGUGACCUUCCUGAAGUCGCUGUUGAUGAAGUACGAUGUUUUAGAGAAGGAGGCGUUGGUAUGCUUACUGGAAGAAUGCGACUAUGGCGGUCAAAUUAAGGACAAUCUAGACAAAAAUUUGCUCAAUUCCCUUCUCAACACAUAUAUUUGUUGUGACUUGCUUGGAGGACCUGUGAAUGGGUGUCUACUAACAAAGGAAACAGCUCCAGAGGAAAUCAAUCAUGAAACUCUGAUGAAAUAUGUCUCUUCGUUUCAAAGUGAAAUGCCACCAGAAGUGUUUGGUUUACAUUGUAAUGCAAACAUUGCUAAAGAACAGAAUGAGUCCUUCAAUUUUUUGAUGAAUGUCAUGAAAACUCAAGCGCAAAUCAGUGAUGAAAUGUCAGAAGAAACAAUGAGCAAAGUUGUAGCAGAUAAAAUAUCAGUCAUCCUUGAAAAAGCCUUCAAACCAUUCAAGUUGGAGGAAGUCAUCAUCAAAUUCCCACCAGAUUAUAAUGAGUCUCUGAAUAGUUUUUUACUUCAGGAGUUAGAGCGAUUCAAUUCCCUCAUGGAAACUAUUUUGAGUUCUUUGGAAAUGGUACAGAAAGCAAUCAAGGGUUCAGUUUCAAUGUCACUGGAACUAGAGGCUAUCUUCACUGAUAUGUUAUAUGAUAAGGUUCCUAGUUCAUGGAUGUCUAACUCUUACUUGAGUUUGAAGACUCUUCCAAAUUACAUCAAUGAUUUAGCUGAUAGGAUAAGAUUCUUCUUCUCUUGGGCGAGCGGUCACAUUCCUCUGGUCUUCCCUUUAUCUCAUUUCUUCUGUGCUCAGUCUUUCAUCGCUGCCGUAAUGGUCAAUUACUCACGUGUCAGAGGAAUUUCCAUCAACGAGCUAGAGUUUAAGUCUGAAUUCAUCCGCACAAUGCCACAGCAGGGGCAAUUAACGAAAAAAGAAGAAUCUGAUAUUUUCUGCCAGGGGCUGUAUUUGGAAGGAGCUCAUUUCAAUGCCGACUCUCAAUCUUUGGUGGAUAGCAUCCCUAAAGUUCUGUUUGAACCUUUGCCAUUAAUUUGCUUUAAACCUAGAGAGAAGAAACUUAAUUCUGGAGAGAACAUUUUUGAAUGCCCUUUAUACAAAACUAGGAAACGGGAAGACUUACAGUCGACUAGACUCUUCACAAAAAAUUUCAUUUGUCACCUGCAUAUGAAGACUUCAGAAAAAGCAUCUCAUUGGAUCAACAGUGGUGUUUCGAUCUUUUGUGAAAUUGAUUAAUAAAAGUUUUUGCAUAAGAAAGA